AUGACAAAGUUUGAUUUAUUAUCGAUUUUUAAUUUCGGUUCGAAAAAUAAAAAUAAUCAAGAUGAACAAAAUGUUUCACGAGUAGAAAAUAAUAGGUUAUGUGAUCAAGAUUUUGUCAAGAAUAUCGAAUCUAAGCACGAUAUUCUGGUUCUUUCCACAUCUUCUACUGGAAAUGUUUCCACGCAUAAUAAAAAUAAUACGAGGCCAAAGAAACAACAAUUGUAUGCGUCAGAUAAAGAAUUAAGAUUAUCUUAUGAAAUAUCAGAUCUUCGUGAAACAAUAAAAGCAAAAGAUAAAGAAAUAGAAGCAAAAAAUAAAGAAAUAGAAGCAAAAAAUCAUGAAAUAUCAGGGCUUCGUAAAGAUAUUGAAGAUUUGAAAGAUGAGGCAUCAAGACAUCAAUCCGCAUUGGGAAGAGCAACAAAUUUUCGACUGAGUGAUGAUGAUUGUAACAAUUCGGUUCAGCUUAGAGAAGACAUUACAUCUCUGCAACAAACUUUAAAAGAUUUCUGCAUUGUUAAACCUAAUAUAAAUAUUAAUAAGAAGGAGGCAAUGAAUCUUUUGCAACGAUACGGAUGUACUGAAUCCAUAGAUGGUGAACACUUUAAGUCACUUCUUAAAGCUGCACUUCAACGAUUUGUUCUUGAAACGAUCUUAGAUUCAACUAGCAAAUAUUUUGAAAAAAGAUUGCCCGAAACAAAUAAUGAAAAUACAGAAGAAAAUACAGAAGAGAGAUCACUUGAAACUCGUAUUGUAUUUGAAACAAAGAAUUUACUAGAUAAAAUGAAACAUUUUGCAAAGUUCAGGGAAGGAGAUGAUGAUGUUACCAGAGCAUUGCCUAUUAAACUCCGCCAGCAAAUCUACGCGGUUCUUGGAAACCGCGGAUUUUCCAAAGUUAUAUCGAAAGAUACUGUAGAACAUCCGUUCAUUAAUGAAACGCAAGAACAACUUAUUAAAAAGAUUAACAGUAUUCGAACAAUAAAUGAUCCUAACAAAAUAACCAAAUUAAAUAGUAUGGCAGCAAAUAUUGUUCGAGAUGUUAUUAGAAUUUUCUUUUUCCGACUAAAAGUUCAAGAACCUGAAGCUGAUUCACCUCAUUGGUUUGAGUACAAUGAUCCAGUGGAUCCAGAAUUAAUGCAAGGAACAUUUGAACAUGAUUGCCAAGAUGGUUUCGCUUUUGUUCAUACUCAUGAAAAUGAACAACUUUGUACUAAUGAGACAUGGCCAGGAGAAAUAGGUCGCCUCAAGACUAAUACUGUAUUGCAAUAUGAUGAUCAAUUUGAUCAUGUUGAGUUUUGGGGUUAUCCCGCGCUUGCAAAGCGACCUAAGCGAAAGAAAAAUCCUCAAUAUGAGUUUAAACCUGUAGAAUUAUUUAAACUUCACCUGGGUAAUCUGUUUGAAGAUAUGAAACCUAAACUUCCUGUGGACUAUAAAAAAGCGAUCACUGAUUAUCUUCGGGAAAUAGGAAAGUUGAUAAAAGAUACGAUUAUAACUUCUUGGCCAAGCAUUGAAUUUCAUAAGAACGUUUUACUUGUCAUGACCGUUCCUGCUGAAUACUCUCAUCGAUCACGCAAUAUAAUGCGUGAAUGUGUAUUCAAUGCUGGUUUAACUGGUGAAAUUGAUUCGGAAAAAUUGCAAUUCACCACAGAACGUGGUGGAACUGUAGAUCUCACAACUCGUAGGUUAUAUAAUAAUAACCAAUUGGGUGAAGUUACUGAACGUGCAGGUGAUUUUUGUGGAAGUGCUUGGAUAGAUCGUGAAUUUAUCAAAUUUCUCAAAAGAAUACUUGGUGAAACUCCAUUAAAUAUGCUUGAAAGGAGUCAUUAUGGCCAAAUGCAAUAUAUGGUUCAAGAAUUUUGUAAAAAUGUCAAGUUUCCAUUCGAUGGUAAAGAUCCAAACUUUUCAUAUGACCUAGAUCUUGGAGAGGAAAAUGAUUGGAUAAUCGAAUUAGAUUAUAUGAAUGUCAAGAAUAUGUUUGAUCCUGUUGUCAAUAGGAUUAUUAACAUGAUAAAGAUACAAUUAGAUAAUUCCAAUGAUAAAUGUUCCAUGUUAUUUUUGGUUGGAGGGUUCAGUCAAUCUAAAUAUUUACAAUCAAGAAUCAAAGAAGAAUGCCAACAGCGGGUUAAUUCUAUUUCAGUUCCUGUUCAACCGAUUGCUAGUAUAUGUCGUGGGGCUGCAUAUUAUGGUCUCAGCAUGAAAAAUACUGCCAAUGGUGUAGCUUUGAAUUGGGACAAAUUUGUCGUCAAAACUAGAGUACUUAAAUAUACGUAUGGAAUCAAAAAAUCUAUGAAGUGGAAGGAUGGAGAUCCAAAAAAUCGAAAAAGCUAUGAUGGAUUUAUUGAUAAAUUUCAUCCAUUAGCAUCGAAGGGGAGCGAAGUGUCCGUAGAUCAAGAGUUUACUUUUAGCUGUUUGCCUUUAAAAAAGGAUCAAGUAGCUAUAACUUUUGAAAUAUUUUGUACACAAGAACAAGAAUUCAAAUAUUGUGAUGAGCUUGGAAUGAAGCUACUUGGAAAACUUCGAAUUGAUCUUCCAGACGUCCAUCUUGGCCUCAAAAGACCUAUUCUUUUUGGACUUUGUUUUGGAAAAAUGGAAAUUACUGCUUUCGCACAAAACAAAACUAACG